GCGGCGGCUCUGCGUUGAUCUCGCAUUCUCUUGCAUUGCUAUUCUUUAGCUCAUGAAUGAUUAUGAAUCUGGCCUCGGCCUACAUGGUUCUCAUUCGCGGAGGAUGGAAAGGUGUCAACAUCGUGGAUACAUUGCACGGUUUCUCUGAUCCGUAUCCAACCGACCAGCCUAACCGCGUACCACGAUGGCGCACCGUCCCAUCCUCUAGGAUGCCCGCAAGGGAAUGAGGAGUAAAUCUUCUGCAUCCGCACUGCUGAGUCUCCGUCCCUUUUCGUUCCUGUUCGCAAGAGCUUGAUCGAGAAGGCGAGACUGUAGAAAACACGAUGAAUUGGAUUGGGAACAAUUGUUUGAGAACUUGUUCUGACCAUUGUCUGUUUUCAAUGACACAGCCCGCCCCCAAAGGAAAGAAGGUCGCCCCUGCUCCCCUCUCCAAGGCUGGAGCCGCCAAGACCAAGGCGCCCAAGAACCCUCUCAUUGAGAAGCGUCCCAAGAACUUCGGUAUCGGUCAGGACAUCCAGCCCAAGCGCGACUUGUCCCGCUUCGUCAAGUGGCCCGAAUAUGUCCGUCUUCAGCGCCAGAAGAAGAUCCUCAACAUGCGCUUGAAGGUUCCCCCGGCAAUUGCUCAGUUCCAGAACACCUUGGACAAGAACACCGCCACCCAGCUCUUCCGUGUCUUGAACAAGUACCGCCCCGAGACCGCUGCCGAGAAGAAGGAGCGUCUUACCGCCGAGGCUGCUGCUCAGACUGAGGGUAAGGACAAGAAGGACGACGGCAAGAAGCCCUACUUCGUCAAGUACGGUCUCAACCACGUCGUCUCCUUGAUCGAGAACAAGAAGGCUUCCCUCGUCCUCAUCGCCAACGACGUUGAUCCCAUCGAGUUGGUCAUCUUCUUGCCCGCUCUCUGCCGCAAGAUGGGUGUUCCUUAUGCUAUUGUCAAGGGUAAGGCUCGUCUCGGUACCGUCGUCCACAAGAAGACCGCUGCUGUCGCUGCCUUGACCGAGGUCCGCACUGAGGACAAGGACGAGCUCGCUAAGCUCGUCUCUGCCAUCAACUCUAACUUCACCGAGAAGUUCGAGGACUCCCGCCGUCACUGGGGUGGAGGUGUCAUGGGCCCCAAGUCCCAGGCUGCUACCCGCAAGGCCCUCAAGGCUGCUGGUGCCACCGCCACCACCUCUGCUUAA